AUGUGGCUACCGAGGGAUUUUUCUCACCACAAAGUAGUGCAGCAACGACUCACAGCUGCCCCCUGUCCAUCCGCUGUCCUUCAACAAGACGGAUACGCCACAGGUCUGACACUACUGGGAAUCCAAGCCACAGGUCUGACACUACUGGGAAUCCAAGCCACAGGUCUGACACUACUGGGAAUCCAAGCCACAGGUCUGACACUACUGGGAAUCCAAGCCACAGGUCUGACACUACUGGGAAUCCAAGCCACAGGUCUGACACUACUGGGAAUCCAAGCCACAGGUCUGACACUACUGGGAAUCCAAGCCACAGGUCUGACACUACUGGGAAUCCAAGCCACAGGUCUGACACUACUGGGAAUCCAAGCCACAGGUCUGACACUACUGGGAAUCCAAGCCACAGGUCUGACACUACUGGGAAUCCAAGCCACAGGUCUGACACUACUGGGAAUCCAAGCCACAGGUCUGACACUACUGGGAAUCCAAGCCACAGGUCUGACACUACUGGGAAUCCAAGCCACAGGUCUGACACUACUGGGAAUCCAAGCCACAGGUCUGACACUACUGGGAAUCCAAGCCACAGGUCUGACACUACUGGGAAUCCAAGCCACAGGUCUGACACUACUGGGAAUCCAAGCCAUAGCAGCAUCUAUAGGAUACAAAGAGCAGCAGGAUUUCCAGUUGGAAGCUGCCCAUAGGCACAGGUCUGAAAUCAGUUUAGUCUCCCCCAAACCUGACCUUAAUCACUUGGGAGGGAGAUGUGAAACUGUCCUUACAUCAGCAUAUUGGGGCAACUUUGUCAUACUCCUGGGCCAAGCUGACACGAAGUCGGUUUAUGUUUCACCUUGAGAUAUCUUGCAGCUGGACGUUUUCUUUCUAUCAAAUACAUUUCAUGUGUGCAUGUAUCUCUACCAGCCUUCACUCUCAAAGCUCUAAGCCCCCUUGAGUACCACUCUAAAACUGAGAUUGCUUGUUGCCACGUAACACUUCAUCCUAUUUAAACAUUCCGUCCCCCACCCCCCUCCAACCGUCUCAUGUCAGCCAACAUUGCCUCUCUUCUAUGCAGACUCUGAGGAGCAUCCGUGUUGUUAUCAUGCUCCCUGGCUGGCUUUAUUCUUAGCUCUGCUCAGAUGUGAUAAAAGCCAAUUGGCCAAUCAGGUGGAGCCUCUCCCCUGCCGAGCCCAGUGAUGUCAUCAGACACCCCCCACCUCCUGUGACGGACAGGGACCACAGAGAUCUCCCAGCCAUGUUGCUACUACUAGCAUCUGUAGGAGGUCACAU